UACACUUUCUUGUCAUCUCCUUUUGCCAAUCCCACCCGUCUGCAUCCGACACCACCAAGACUAUUUUCUCCUCGCAGUCACAGCCUAACCCAUCAGGCAGGUUCGUUGCACUUGCACGUCCAUUUUCUACACCCAACGGCAAAGGCGCGGUAG